GUCAGGCUGUCGCCAUUUCAAUCACAAUCGCCUUGUUCGUGGGUAUCUGGGCUAUUCUCAGAUCCCGGGGUGCGAGGGUCGUCCUUUCUGCGAGUCUCUUCGUCGCAUUCCUCGUGGCCACACAGCUUUCAGUGAAGGUGAUCGAGUCUCCUCCAUAUAGAUUCAAGUUCCCCGGCCUGCUAACGACUUUGCACUUUAGCUGUGUGCCGGUGGCCUGCGCCGUGUACUGGAUCUGGAUGGGCGAGCCUUUGAAGAUCCUGCCUUGCUCCAUCCCACCCAGACGUUGGAUGCGGACGGUCGUCCCUGUGGCUGUCAGCCAACCCAUCUCUGUUGUCCUCAACAACAAGGCGAUGGUGUACGCUGGGGCGGGCGUUUGCGCUGUCAUCGGUACAUUGUCGCCUGUCUGCACGGCGCUCAUCUCGAACUGCUGUGGGCGAAGCCUGACGGUCCGUUCAUGGCUGGGUGUGUUCGUUGCCUUUGUGGGGGCAGCCAUUAUCUCCUGGGGAGAGAUCACGCAGGUUGGUGAUGUCCAGGGCAAUUCUCGCGUACUUCAGGGCCUGGUGUAUGCCUUUGCGUCACUCACGGGCCGCUGUGCGAAAAUCGUGAUUCUGGAUUACAUGCUGGCCCCUUUGGCCUACAGCCGCGAGGUGCGGGAUGAGGAGGAGCCGCUCUCCGUCAUUCACGUCCUGUCUUUAACCUAUCCAUGGGGGGCCGUCCUAGCGCUGGCGUAUGCGCUGGCCUCCGGUGAAAAGCCGAUGGAUGCGUGGCAUCAGCUCACUCCGGAGCUGACCGGCUUCAUCGUCCUGUCUUGCUCCUGUGCUCUUGCACUCAACUUCCUGGGGACCUUUGCCCUCAGGGACCUGGGCGCCAGCGCCCAACAGAUCGUUGGAAAGCUCAAUACCAUCUGUCUGGCCUCCAUAUCGGUAGCUUUCCUGGGUGAGCACUUGCCUUCCGUCGUGGUGCUCGGGAGCGGAUUGGUUCUUGGAGGUGUGGCCAUCUUCGAGCGUGGUCAGCACAUUGACGACGAUGAGGGCAGCACCAUCAGCAGCAGCGAUGACGAAGGCUUUGAACUCGUGCGGGAUGCCGAGGGAAAAGUGAGCUUGAUGAGCUGA